CCUCUUCUUCCCGCCCAAAUGCAACAGCCAAGAGACAUGACGCCAGCAUUUUCAUGGAUCACAGCAGACGAAACAGCCGAGCAAGCACUCGUCAGAAUCCUCACAGAGCGCCCCUUUCUCAUAUUGCCGCCGCCGUUCCACCGCCUCCCCCUCCGCGCCGGCAACGUCGUCGAAAUCGUGGGGCCCUCUCCUUCGGCCAAAACCCUAAUCCUCAUCCAGGCAGCGAUAAAUUGUAUUUUGCCUAAAGAGUGGAAGGGCGUGAGCUAUGGGGGGCUGGAGCGCGCGGUGCUAUUCAUUGAUUUGGACUGCCGUUUCGAUGUUUCGAGCAUCUCACGAGCAUUGCAGCGGCGAAUUAUCGAGGCUAAUGGGUUAAGAAGCAGCUUGAAGGGAUCUGGCAAUGAAUAUGAUAAAGAAUUAUUUGUCGCGUGCUUGAGGCGAUUCUUGUAUAGGCGAUGUUACAAUAGUUUCGAAUUUAUUGCUACUCUUAAGACACUGCAUCAUCGGCUUCAUCAGGAGAAGGAGAAGGGAGGUAGUGCUGUUUAUAUUCUUUUGAUCGACAGCAUCGGGGCUUUUUACUGGAUGGAUCGUGCUUUACCAUCUUCAUCAACCAGGAACAACAACAGGAAGAGCCUCUCCCUGCAGACGGUGGUUGAAACUGUAGUUCAGGAGAUCCAGAGGCUUCUGGUGGUGCAUCCCAUACUUGUUUUAGCCACUAAAUCAGCUGUAUUUGGUGAUAAGCAAUCGACAACUGAUGUAAUAAGAAAAAGGCCCGAUGAGAAGACAUCGGAUCCAAGAGGCCCUCAAAACAAACCAUAUCGCGAUUUCAUGCCAUCAGUGUGGCAGUCCUUGGUUUCACAUAGAAUGCUUCUCCGCUCUUUAGACGGUGAAAGCAAGAACCAGAAUCGCCCUACAUUCUCGACAGAGUGGCUGCUGCCUUCACUGAACUCCAUGGAUUAUUUUACAGUAAACGACGACUGUCUCUUGAUCCCCAAAUGAAGUGGAUCUGGAUAACUGGAGAAUCAUACUGUAGAUACCAGGUAACUGGAAUACGAGCCCUUGGAUUUGCUACAUCGGGUGGUAACACUAGAACGUUUUGCUUUGAACUUGAAGUCGAAGAGGCGUUUGACGAUCCAAGCUCACAAUAUUUGGUCGGGGUCGGAUAGCAAUCGUUCCCUCAACUCGACAGUGAGAAACGCAACAAACCAACUGAUUUUGACAUAAUAUGUUGUGUUCAUAUUUUUCGGGAAUUCUGGUGGCCUUCAAUAUUCAAGAAAAAGUGUGUUUGCACAAUUCAACAUGUAUGACGCAUUGGCCGAACACGGAACACAAAAUAAUACAAACCGUAAAGCUGAUACGCCAAA